AUGGCUGAUAAGGUCUCAAUUACAAUAUGCGGAGAUGGGGGAUGCGGAAAAUCUUCAAUCACAUUGCGACUUGUGCGCAGUCAAUGGAUGCAUGAAUAUGACCCGACGAUAGAGGACUCCUACUCCGUAACCCGCAAUAUCGACGGCACCGAUUACUUCCUCUCCAUAACCGAUACCGCCGGCCAGGAAGAAUAUCGCGGACUCUGGGCAGCAUCCAAUCUCAAAUCAGAUGCCUUCCUGAUGGUAUACGACAUCACGCAUCAGCCAAGUCUCGAAGCUCUGGACUAUUUUAUGGAUAUGAUUGAUAUCGAAGCUGAGCAGCGGCUAGAGGAUAACCAGCGUAUUAUGAAGGAACUAGGCAGUGAAGCUCGAAAUCUUCAAGUGGGCAUGCCGCCACCAGUCAAGAUUAUCGCUGGCAACAAAUGCGACCUUAAAGAUGCGAGAGCAAUCUCGGCUCGGGAUGGACUGGAGUACGCUCGGAAACAUGGAUGCGGGUUUAUGGAGACGAGUGCGAGGGAGAUCGUCAAUAUUGAGGAGACAUUUGCGCUGAUUGUUCGACGUGUGGUUGAGGCCCGAAGACAGCAUUACCAAUCUCAACAACUCGAAGCCCGGAUGGGUUCUUCUACUGCCCGCACACCUGCAUUGACCAUCAGCGAACGACAAGCGACCGACCUGCAACAACCGAAAGAUGGCCAACGCCGACGCGGGGGAUUCCCUCUCUUUGGUGGUAAGAAGAGUGCUUCAAAACGCGUAUCGUUCGUCAAUACCAGUGAUAAGGAGGGAGGCCAGCAGGAACAACAAUCUAAGAACGAAGGGGAGGACGAUGAGUCUCAGAGUUGGUGGAGGCGUCUUAUCUGCUUAUAA